CGCGCGCUGAGGGCGCGCGGUGCGCGCUUCCGCCCGUGGCGGCGGCCGGAAGGUGAUGUGGCGGAGCGCGGCGCGAUGUCUGCCAUCUUCAACUUCCAGAGCCUGCUGACUGUGAUCCUGCUGCUCAUAUGUACCUGUGCCUACAUCAGAUCCUUGGCUCCCAGCUUACUGGACAAAAAUAAAACAGGACUGUUGGGGAUAUUCUGGAAAUGCGCCAGGAUUGGUGAGAGGAAGAGCCCCUACGUGGCCGUGUGCUGUGUGGUGAUGGCCUUCAGCAUCCUGUUCAUUCAGUAGCAGCUGGAGAGUGUCCCCGAGUGCCCAACAGCAGAUCUUGUGUCAGGAAAGGAUGGGAAGCCUCACCAAGUCUCCUCUGUCACGAUGGAUCACCUGUCUCCUGUGGACACCCCUGCAGAUGGACCAGCAUUAGUGAUCACAACCCAGAUGAGAUGUGCUUGUUAAUGCCAGGUCAGCACUGACACUCCUGCUCUAAAUCAUGGAAGGGUGUCUGCUGCAGGUCUGAGUUUCAGGGGAGCUCUUCUUUUCUUUUUCUUUUUCUUUUUUUUUUUUCCACACCAUGCAGUUGAAAAAGCUUGCUGGUUUUAAUUCUUUAAAAUUUCUUGUCCAGUAGAUCUGUUGAAUGAAACCUUAAAAUGGUAAAUCAGCCACAGCAAUAAGACCACUUUGAAGAAUAAAGAGUAUUUUGACUCUAGGGGAUGUUUAUCAAAGUAUUGCUGCCUGAACAAUUCCUCUUAAUUUGUAAGUGAUGGCUCCACUCUCGUCCUAACAAUAUAACCUCUGUCUGACCUAAGUUACACUCAGCUAUUUUUUUCCAAAGUUGUAAUUUCUCAAAUAAUCUAUUGAUAUUUCUGUUGUUAAGAUGUGAAAUAAAGGCAGGGACCAUAAUUGUGGUGGUGUCUGAUCAGCUGCUGGGAAGGCACAGAUGGGGGAUCUGAGACACCUGGGCUGCUCUCUGUACAAUACCACAUGUACUCAUUUCUAGAGGUUUAGGUCUCUCAGGUAUGUCAUUUCCCAGCUUCUUCCAAAAUACUGAGAAAAGGAUUUCAAAAGGCUCUGCUGCUGCUGUUGCAUGUAUGGAAGGGUUUCUGAAUUAGCAGAAUGAACAGUUUGCUGCAGAUAAGGAAGUUGCAUGUCAUAAUAUAAAGGUUGAAGCAACUAAAUUACUCCUACCCGUUGUAAAGAUUAGAUUGCUGUUAAUGAUACCUUCCAUUAGUACUUAUUUCUUAAUUUUGCACACUUUCAGUAAUCAGUAAUGCCUGACAGGUGUGUGUUGUAUCAGACAACUCUGUGACUUCAUACUGGCUGCACUGUUUGCAGUAUUUGUUGUUCUGGAAAGGCUUUGUGAUCAGAAGGAGCAAAGCUAAAAAGUAAAACACACUGAAAGGUA